UCCAUAUGAAAAUUGAUCCGACAGACAGAAAACCCCAAAAAAUGAGUGAGGCGGAGAUGACAAGCCGCCGCCGGCGUCCCACCUCGCCGGCGCCGGCGCAGCCGCUGGAAGACGACGACCUUCUCUCCGAGAUCCUCCUCCGCCUCCCGCCGCUGCCGUCCUCCCUCCCCCGCGCCUCCGUCGUCUGCAGCCGCUGGCGCCUCAUCGUCUCCGACCCCGGCUUCCUCCGCCGCUUCCAAUCCCGCCACCGGAAGCAUCCCCUCCUCGGCUUCUUCAAGGCCGGGUUCAGGAGAGUAGACCCCACCUUCAUCCCCACGCUGGACCCGCCGGACCGCAUCCCCGCCGCGCGCUUCUCCUGGCGGCUCCCCGGCGGCGACGAUGACCGCUACUCCAUGUUCGGAUGCCGCCAUGGCCUCGUCCUUCUCUUCAACUGGGUUCUUCACCGGCUCAUGGUAUGGGACCCCGUCACCGGCGACCGGCGCGCCGUGGACAUUCCUGGCUCGUUCCUCGACGGCCAUGGCAGGAGUCUCGUGGUCGUCUUCCGGGGGGCGGUGCGUUGCGUCGUCGACGGAGGCUGCCACUUUGAGGUAGCCAUACUAGGCAAUCACCCACUGCAAACACGGCUCUUCACCUGCGUUUACUCAUCCAAGACCGGCGAUUGGGGCAAUGUCAUCUCAACCGAGUUUUAUUCAGCGGGUUACAUCUGUCAUCAUUCUAGUGCACUGGUUGGGAAUUCUGUUUACUGGUUGUUCCAGGGUGAUGGAAUCUCCAUCCUUCAGUUCGAUUUCGAUACGCAGGGACUAGCCCGGAUCGAUGUGCCACCGGAUGUGCAUGCCCAUGUGGUUACCUACUACCAGAUUCGGAUCAUGCCAGCAGAGGAUGGUGGGCUUCUCCUCCUUGUUCUGCCAGAAUUUAGCCUCAAUGUGUGGAAGUAUCAAGGCCAAUUGUGAUGGGUGUUGCUGGAUGGAUGCUGGAAAAAACAAUUGAACUGGACAGGCUUCUUUCCGUCGAACCAGGGCGUCAUGGAGCUGCACCAACUAUUCUGGGCUUUGUGGAGGAACAUAAUGAAGUAUUGCUGUGCACAGAUAUUGGUGCCUUCAUGGUCAAUCUGCACUCAAUGCAAUUCAAGAAGCUUUCCCAAACCAUGGAACCAGGAUUUUAUCAUCCAUUCACUAGUUUUUAUACUAAGAAAAUGUUGCCCGAAUGAUGGAUGAUCUUAAUAGUAUUUGACCAUGUUGGUUGCUGGAGAGGUAUUCCUUGUGAUUUUGCUGAAUUUUGGAUGACUGAUUAUCUUUGCCAGGUAUUACCAAGUCAGGUAUUUUAUAUGUCAGUCCAAGCAGCUGUUGUCUGGCCACGUGUGCCUAAUAUAACAUGGCUCGUUAAAUAGCGACAAUGUAAGCAUGUUCAGGUGCUGUAAGGAUAUCCCUUUGUCUGUAAUUCUGUACGGUGACACAUUGAGUCCUUUUGUGUUUGCUGUGAACCUAUGACUCGAUGUUCUCUAUCUAGUCGACAAAACUGAAGAAUCUCUUCACUUUGGUAUAAUAUGUCAUUUGUGAUAAUCCUUGCGAGUUCA